AUUUUGAUAAACCUGCAAAAAAUGAUCAUGAAAAAAGACUCAAAGGCAAAGUUUUUAAAUAUUUUCUUUAUGAACUAGCAAGUCAUAAUAGAAUAAUUAUUGAAAUAAACCAAACUUUCAUUUCUUUUUCUAAAAAAAUUUAUAAAAAAUUAUCUGAUGGAUGUGCAGAUCUUCAUGGUCAAUAUCGAGAAUUAUAUUGGUUCGCACAAUAUAAAUACAAAAGUGAAAAUUAUGAAAUCUAUGUAUCAGAAAUCAGAGAAUUUUUGAAUAUUGCAAAAAGAAAACCAAAUUAUCAUAUUGCAUUUUUUGUUUCUAAUGUAAAAUUAACUGAUUAUGCAAUCAAUAAAUUAGAAAAUUAUACUGGUGAUAAAGAUAAAAUUUGUAUUUGUUUAAUUAAAGAUUUUAUUUCAAAAGUUCAUGAAUAUGAAAAAAUACUUGUAAAUAAUAAGAUUAAAUUAGAACAAGAAAAAACUAAAUGUUUAGAAUAUGAAAUAGAAAAUAGAAUCUUAAAAAAUUAUAAUGAAAAAUUAGAAAAUACAAUUAAAGAACUAGAAAAAUACUUGAUGAUAUUAAAAAUCAAAAUAAUUUAA